UCUCUUCAAAUUCUCAUAGAAAGGUUACCCUUUUCGUUGAUCAAAACCACCAGAAUUGGUAACGAGGAAAGUCAGAUUAAAAAUAAAUUCAAAUUUCUUGGACAAGAAAAACUGUAAUUGAAUCAAUCAAGGAAAAUAGAAUUAGCAAAGAAAAUGUCUAUAGAUUUGAUACUGAAGCCGUCGUGCAGUGGUUGUGGAUCGACGGUGGAUCUUUAUGGCAGCACCUGCAAGCACUUGACGCUUUGCAUGACGUGUGGCAAAACCAUGGCUGAGAACCGCGCGGAGUGCUACGAAUGUGGCACUCGCAUCACUCGCUUGAUUAGGGAAUACAAUGUCAGAUCAUGCUCCAGUAAUGACAAAAAUUACUUCAUUGGAAGAUUUGCGACGGGUUUACCAACUUUUAAGAAGAAGAACGAGAAUAAAUGGUCUCUGCAGAAAGAGGGUCUUCAAGGUCGCCAAAUUACUGAUGCCUUGAAGGAUAAGUACAAGAAUAAGCCUUGGCUGCUGGAGGAUGAAACUGGCCAGUCUCAAUACCACGGUCAGCUUGAGGGUUCACAAUCAACUACAUAUUACCUUCUAAUGCUUCAGGGAAAGGAAUUUGUAGCCAUUCCUGCUGGUUCCUGGUACAAUUUUAACAAAGUGGCACAAUAUAAGCAACUUACUUUGGAGGAAGCGGAAGAGAAGAUGAAAAAUAGGAGGAAAACUGCCGAUGGGUACCAAAGAUGGAUGAUGAAAGCGGCAAACAAUGGAGCUGCCGCCUUUGGUGAAGUAGAAAAGCUUGAUGAUCGGGAAAGUGGAGGUGGUAGUGCGAGGGGACGUAAAAAAUCUGCUGAGGAUGAUGAUGAAACCAAUGUUUCAGAUAGGGGAGAAGAAGAUGAAGAAGAAGAGGCAGCUAGAAAAAGUAGGCUCGGACUCAAUAAAAAGGGUGGGGAUGAUGAUGAAGAAGGACCAAGAGGCGGUGAUCUUGAUUUUGAUGAUGAUGAUAUUGAAAAGGGUGAUGAUUGGGAGCAUGAAGAAAUUUUCACUGAUGACGAUGAAGCUGUCGGCAAUGAUCCCGAGGAGAGAGAAGAUUUGGCCCCUGAAAUCCCAGCUCCUCCAGAAAUUAAGCAGGAUGAAGAGGAUGAGGAUGAAGCUGAUGAAGAGGAGGGCGGGCUGAGCAAAUCUGGAAAGGAGUUGAAGAAACUGCUCGGAAGAGCUAAUGGGUUGAGUGACUCGGAUGGGGAAGAUGACGAUGACGACGAUGACGAUAUGGAAGAUGACAUUUCUCCUGUACUUGCCCCAAAGAAGGAAGCUCUUAAAGAAGAACCGGUUGAGAACAACAGUCCAUUGAAAGCUGUUACUUCUGGAUCUGGUCGAGGAACCCCGCCUACUUCUAAAUCUUCAAAGGGGAAAAGAAAAGUUAGUGGUGAGGAGUCGAAAACAACUAAUGCUACACCUAUGAAGAAAACAAAAACAGAAAAUGAGCUGAAGUCCUUGAAAAAUGAGAGUGCGUCUGCAGCAAAAAGUAGUACACCUCCUAAAAGUGUAUUACCUUCGGCACAUUCAAAAACUGGGGCUACGCCACCUACUGGACCAGUUACAGCAGAUGAAAUUAAGGCCGUUUUAUUGCAGAAGACGCAAGUGACCACACAGGAUCUUGUUGGCAAAUUUAAAUCUAGACUGAAGUCAAAAGAGGACAAGGAUGCUUUUGCGGCUACGCUUAGAAGAAUAUCAAAAAUACAGAAGACUCAAGAGGCAAACUACGUAGUUUUGAGAGAGAGGUAAACUAUAUCGAUCACAAGAAUGUUACAUCCUCAAGCACCUUCGAAGUUUUAUUUGGCAAAUUCGUGGAUGCAUAAAUGUUGAACUUGUUCUGAAGCUUUUAUUUUUCUUUGUUAUUAUUGAAUAAGAGAGGUGUGGAAGAAUUUUGUAAUCGUUUACAUUUCUUGAAGAGUGUUUUAAACAAUAUUCUGUAUCUUGUUAAUAUCUGGCAGCUUGGUUAUAUUUUCAAAGAUGCUAAUAUUUUGAGUUCGAA